AUGUUUACUGGAGAUAAAUUUAGUCAUUCAUGUAAUUCACAUGUUGUGGAAGAAGUUUUGGGAAAACCAGUAUGUGAAGAAUCAACUAUUGAAAAAGAAAUUCCAUCUACUGUUCAGCGAUUUGGUUAUGGAUUUCUUGCUGUAUUUAUCAUAUCUAUUAUGUCACUUGGUGGUUUAUUAGUUUUUCCAAUUAUUUACCGAGUUGCUUUUCAAUAUAUACUUGCAACAUUUACUGCUCUAGCUGUUGGAACACUCUUUGGUGAUACGAUGUUUCAUUUAAUUCCAUUUACAAUGGGUCUUCAUAGUCAUGCAUCGGAUGGACAUGGACACGUACAUGAAGCCGAAAAUAAUUCAUUAGUUUCUAUUCCUGUUUAUCAAUGGAGAAUGUUCAUUACUGUGAUUGUUCUAUAUGGAUUUUAUUUACUCGAAGUAAUCCUUCAUUGGAUUAGUCAUUUUCGACAGAAUGAAAAUUCUGCUCAUUCUCAUGCUCAUGGUCAUAGUCAUACAAUGCAACUUCAAGAAAAGACUAAAACUGAUCAAAUAAAUAUUCAUGCAACAGUAAAUAUCGAUGAAAAUUUAGCACAUGAUCACCAUUCACAUAAUCAUAUUCAUCAUCAUAACUAUAAUGAAAGAGAUCCAACAUUGGCAUGUGUUACUAGAAAUUGUUCUCAUCAUGAUGAUAUGCAACAAGUAUCAGCAUCACAAGAAAAAGUCAAUACUAAUGAAAAUAAGUCAGAUUCUCAAAAUUCAUGCAAAAUUACACGAGUUACUGGUUGGAUGAUAAUUCUCGGUGAUGGUAUUCAUAAUUUUGCCGAUGGUUUAGCCAUUGGAGCUGCUUUCAGUGAACGUCUUAUGUUAGGUCUUACAACAACAAUUGCAAUAGGUUGUCAUGAAUUACCACAUGAAUUUGGAGAUUAUGCAGUAUUGAUUCAAUCAGGUUUUUCUCAUAAUCGAGCAAUAUUUUGGAAUUUUAUUUCGGCAACUACUGCUUUGAUUGGUUUUUUGGUUGGUGCAGCUGUAUCGACGAAUGAAAGUGUUCGUCAAUGGAUAUUUGCUGUAACAAUUGGCAUGUUUCUUUAUAUUGCAUUAGUCGAUCUUUUACCUACGUUAAUAUCUGAUCGAAAUAUUGAAUUCAAACGUUUUAUUUGUGUAAAUAUUGGAUUUUUAUUUGGUGUUACAAUUAUGUUUUUAUUGGCGUGUUUUCUAUCUAAUACUACCUAUACACUUUGUUCAUUGAAUCAUACAAAUAUAAGUAAUUAUUCAAAAUUAUUUCAUGAAGUUGAAUUAGCAAAACAUUGUCAUGAACAUUUUGUUAAAAAACUUCUGGGAAAAUCAUGUGGUUAUCAAACAACGAACUCUCCAAUGAAACAUAAAAUACCAACUAUUGUUGAAAAAUAUGUUUAUGGUUUUAUUGCUAUAUUUAUUGUAUCAGCUCUGUCAUUAGUUGGUAUAUUAACUCUUCCAAUUCUUUAUAAAGUGUCUUUUAAAUAUGUACUUAAUUUAUUUACUGCUGUUGCUAUUGGAACACUUUUAGGUGAUGCAAUGUUUCAUUUAAUUCCAUUUAUCUUUGAUUGUCAUAAUCAUAAUAUGAAUGAUUAUAAUCAUGAUCAUUCAUCAUUUCUAAUUCCAAGUCAUCAAUGGAAAAUUUUAUUAGCUGUAUUAAUUCUUUAUAUAUUUUAUCUAUUAGAAAUCUUUCUUCAUUGGUUUGUUCAUUAUAAACAUGAUCAUAUUUCAAUACAUUCACAUAUACAUAAUCAUUCGAAUAAAACUAAUGAACUUAUUCAUUAUACACAAGUUGAUAUUGAUGCUGAUAUAGAACAUAGUCAUCUUCAUCAUAAUCCUACACAUCAUAAUUUACAUCAACAUUUAAAUUCACCAUCAAUAUAUUCGAAUGCAAGAAGUUUUUUUAAUAAUACAAGUUCACCUUGUAUACCAUGUAGUUAUUCAAAUGAACAUCAUCUUACAACAAAUUCAUAUAUUGAAUGUAAUGUAAAAGAAAAAUCAUUAAAUGAACAAGUAUCACUAUCACAAAAAAUGUAUACUUCACAAAUUAGUGAUGAAAUUGAUCAUAUUCAUCCAAUAAUACAACAAUUAAAAAUAAUUAAAUCUACUGGUUGGAUGAUAUUAUUUGGUGAUAGUAUACAUAAUUUUGCUGAUGGUCUAGCUAUUGGUGCUGCAUUUAGUGAAGAUUUAAUGUUAGGUAUUACCACAACAAUUGCUGUUGCUUGUCAUGAAUUACCACAUGAACUUGGAGAUUAUGCUGUUUUACUACAAUCUGGUUUUUCACAUUCUCGAGCAUUAUUAUGGAAUUUUCUUUCGGCAACAACUGCUAUUAUUGGAUUUUUUAUUGGUUCAAUUAUGUCAAAUAAUGAAAAUGCUCGUCAAUGGAUAUUUGCAGCAACUAUUGGCAUGUUUUUAUAUAUUGCAUUAGCUGAUUUGCUACCAACAUUAUUAACUGAUGGAGAACUUGAACUAAAACAUUUUCUUGUUGUUAAUAUUGGUUUUUUAUUUGGUAUAGCAAUUAUGUUUCUUUUAGCAUUAUUUGAAGAUAAAAUACUUAGAUUAUCAACUCGAUAA